UCGCAGCAUCACAGAACAUCAGACUGGAAGCUCCAAGUCAAGAGGACUCGCACUAAACUCAGCUGAUCAUCACAGCUUCACCAGCAGGUUGGAGAAAUGGCCUCUGAUACCAAGAAGAUUGUUGCUCUGGGUCGACCUUUCACCCUGGGAAUGCUCUAUGAUGCUCGUGCAGAUAAACUGAUCCCAGGUUUGAGGUUGUGGGAUGAUGAAACCCUACAAGCAAAGAUAACUGAAAGCAAUAAGCCUUUCAGUGAAUUUCAAAUUUCUUCAUCUGACACCAUUGAAUCCAAGUCUUCUAUGCUGCAAGUUGAUGCUUCUCUAAAGGCCAGUUUCCUGAGUGGACUGGUUGAAGUUGGAGGAUCUGCCAAGUAUCUGAAUGAUUCAAAGAAAUUCAAGAAUCAAAGCAGAGUGACGUGUCAGUACAAAGCUACCACCAACUUCAAGGAGUUGUCAGUAAUUGACCUUAAAGAAAUGAACACCCAGCAGGUAGAUAUGAUUGAGAAGAGCUCAGCAACUCAUGUAGUCACAGGCAUCCUGUAUGGGGCAAAUGCUUUCUUUGUGUUUGACAGUGAGAAGUUAGAAGACAGCAGCGUUCGGGACAUCCAGGUCAAAAUUGAAGCUGUGAUAAGGAUGAUGCCCGUAUUUAGUGUUGAGAGCAGAGUUGAAACCAAGCUGACAGAAGAACAAAAAUCUCUGACCAACAAAUUCUCCUGCAAAUUCUAUGGAGAUUUCAUUCUUGAAAGCAACCCUGCAACAUUUACAGAUGCAGUGAAGACCUGUGCAGAACUUCCAAAGCUACUGGGAGGGAAUGGAGACAACAGUGUUCCACUGGAGGUCUGGCUGAUGCCACUGAACUUUUUUCACUCUAAAACUGCUGAGCUGGUGAGUGGGAUCAGCGUUGGACUGGUGAGGAAGGCACAGGAUGCUCUGCAGGAAUUAAGAGAAAUCAGAAUGAGGUGCAAUGAUUCUCUGGAUGACAAAGUGGUGCAGAAUUUUCCACAGAUUCAAGCUGAGUUAACCAGAUUCCAACAGUUGUGCGAGUACUAUGAGGCCAACCUCAAGCGGACCAUGGCAGAGAAAUUCCCCCUCAUCCGUGAAGGUAAAGAAAAUGAGAGCUCAGUAAACCAACUCCUCGACGACAGACAGAAGUCACCAUUCAGCUAUAAAAAUCUAGACAAGUGGCUGGAUCAGGAAGAGAGAGAAAUCAACAUCAUCAAGUCCUGUGUAGAUACCAUGGAUGGAAUGAAGAUUGUCAAAAGUGAAUCAGAGCUGGACAGAGAGGUUCUUUCUCCAGGUGUAGAGGAGGCCCUGUGCUUUGUUUUCACUUCCAUGGAGACUCCUGACCCUGGUCUUGAUGUGAUGGCAGCCUUCUUGGAGUCACGUGAAGCAGAGAGUACCAGUGAAGACCUGUGGUACUACUCAGGUGAAGUGAUAACCAAACUGAGGGACAAAGCCAAAGAUGUCAGGGAUCUUGCCAAAGGACUGAAGGGCAGCAGUCAAUUCCUUUUCCUGAUAGGAGCCAUUGAUAACAACAAACACAAAGGAGCAACCAUCUACCAUUACAGAAACGGCAUCCUGGUCACUGAUGACUUUUCAAAGCCUGAACCCCCUCCUGCGGAGACGAUCACAGACAGAAGAGAUCUGAUCUGGUAUUACUGUGACCUCACCCUGGAUCCAGACACGGCACAGGGCCACCUGACUCUCUCUGAGGGCAACAAAAAAGCGAAAUUUGGAAAAUGGAACUCUUAUCCAGGUCUGCCAGAGCGGUUUGACUCAUAUAAGCAGGUGUUGUGCAAAGAGGGUCUGAAUGGACGCCAUUACUGGGAGGUGGAGUGGGGUGGUUGUGUCCGUGCAGGUGUCACAUAUAGAGGCAUCAAGAGGAAAUCAUAUGAUUCAGAGGUUGCACUCGGAUACAAUGAAUUAUCCUGGGUUCUUUACUCUCAUCAGAACACUAAAUACGGCCAUCUUCAUAACAGUAAAGCCGUACCUAUUAGUGUUUCCUCUCUUGGCUUUAAACGACUCGGAGUGUAUCUGAACUGGCCUGCUGGCACUCUGUCCUUCUACAUGGUCGACUCCAACUUGGUGACUCACCUUCACACCUUCAAAACCAAAUUCAGGGAGGCAGUUUACCCAGCAUUCUUGGCUGGGUUCAAAGAUUCCGAACCUGGUCAGAUCAAACUGAUCUAAAAUGUAGUCAGAUGCUGAAUACAGAAUUUUGUCAGUGAUUUAUUUGAUUCCUCCUUCUGGGAUUCUGAGUUUUACAGGUAGCUGAGACCAAAUUUAGUCCGUGGUAGGAAAUGGUGAAGGUAUUGAUGAUUAAUUGACAAGUAAACUUCUUGUAGGAGGCAAUUGGUUUUCCAAUCAUCUGACAGCAAGCUUUUAUUUUGACAAGUACUCAGUUUCUUAAAUUACUAUGUUAUACAUCAGUUAUCAAUAGUCUGAAGGCCUUGCAUGACAAUUUUAGGUGUCUUUCUCCUGUACCAACUCUGUCCUCUUCUUUCACUCCACCACUCAUAGUUACUCAUAGUUUUGCAUUUUCAAGCAGACCUACAGUGAAAACUGUGGCAGUUUCGAUGCUUUAAGCCGUAAUGAGGACGGUCACAGGCAGAUUUUAGCAGCUGCAUCCAUGAAUAAGAAUAGAGAAGUUUUGUUUUUGUAUUGCAGAGUAGAGCUACUUAGUCCUCCAUGCUGUGACGGUGCUAACCAGUGCACCAUGUGCCACACCUGCAGUACAAUAUGAUGAGGAAUCAUGGAGGAUAAGACUUUUCUUUCUCACAUAACCUUGUUUGGAUCUCAGUAUAGAAAACCAUGCGUGGACGAGCAGCAGGUCAGAAGGUCGUAUUGUUGGCUUUGCUAAGUUUAUAUUCUGUUUUCUUGUGGCUUUGCUGUAAUCGCUGAAACUUUGAUGCUUGAGAGAUUAUUAAUAUGAUAUUGUGUUAGCUAAAUACAGUCACAGAAUAUAACUUAAACUGUGAUUAUUGUGCUUCCUAUAGCCUGAUUCAUGCUUGUGUUUAUUCAGGAUUGAGUUCUGUUUCUUUUGGUGUGGUUUUAAGUGAUCAUGGGUUCCAUUAAUCUUUGGGAAGCUGAAGGGGAAAACAGACUCAGGAAGGCUCUGCUGGUUGAGAGGAGAGUCGCUGUUAGAAAGCUGGUGUUUGUAAAGCUGAAGCCUUCCUGAUGUGAAGACAACAUCAGUGUCUGAUUUCUUUGAUCUGUAUGUUCAUGUAAUGAUGACAUUUAUCUACAACUCUGAUUGGACGUGUUUGUUCUCUUCUCCAGACAAAAAUUCAAUAAAGCGAAGAGCUGAGUCGAA